AAUUUGGUGUUUAACAAGGGCAAGGGCAGUAGUCUACACAGAGACGGAAAGUUCAAUCCACCAGCACAGAGAACAAGAGAAAUCCCUAAAUGGCGACGGCGAUGUUCAGAUCUAGUAUUCGCUCCGCCCUCCGCGGCGGCGCUUCUCGUGUAACUCCGGCUUCCAAGAGGACCUUCUCUUCUCACUCAUCCGUUGAGGAAGAGGCCCGUGAAGCCUCUAAGUGGGAGAAAAUUACUUAUGUUGGAAUAGUUUCCUGCUCUAUUCUUGCUGCGAUUUGUCUGUCAAAGGGUCACCCUCACUCUGAUGAGCCUCCUGCUUACUCAUAUCUGCACAUUCGCAACAAGGAAUUUCCAUGGGGUCCAGAUGGGCUUUUUGAGGUCAAGCACCACUGAAACUGUGUGGUUUCUCUGUGAAGUCGUUAAAAUAAUUUCUGUCCAUCCGCCAGGAUGACCACAUUUGUUGAAUUUUCAUUAGAUGUCUACCUUUGGUUCUUUGCAUUGCCUUUUCUUUGACAUAUUUCUAUCUUUUGCUGUAUACUUACAAUGUGCUUUAAAGAAUAAGAAUUCAGGGAUAAUUAUUUGUUUCGAUA